CGCACUCUGAGCGGGCACCGGCGGGACGCAGUCGGACGCACCACGACAGCUGGCCGAGUCCAUGGCAGUGCUCGGCAGCCUGGCGUCCUGAGCCGACCCGUGCGAUGCAUUUCUGGGUAGCGAAGCGGAGUCCGCACGCCUGGAGCCAUCACCACGUGUCCUCGGCCUCCUGGUCCAGCGCGCCGCGGCCCCGACCCAAGCGCUCCGCCCCACCCAUGCCGGCGCCCGUGCACAGGUACCCGCCGGUGCCGACGGUACAGCGCGAGGCUUCGCGCCGAUUGGCUGAACACCAGCGGCCGGCGGCCAAUGGCGAAUCGUCGCGCCAGCUGGCGGCGCGCGCGGAUCCUAAUCAGGAGGCACCACGUCAGCCUGACCUGUCAGAGCUGGAGGCAGCCGUCCUUCUGGACGAAAUGUCCGAUGACCUCGACUGUGACCCGGCCAGGAAAUGCCAGUCCUGCUGCUGCAUCGUGGUCGUCACCAUCCUCGUCAUCUUCACACUCUCCCUCGCCAAGAUGUACAUCGGUCACGACGUGCACGACGUUCACGACGAGCAGAACGAGCUCACGGGCAUCAUCUUCCUCGUGAUGCUGCUGUUCUUCUUCUGCCUGCUGCUGUUCUUCGUGCGCUUCUCGGUGCUGCUGUUCAAGAAGCGCGUGCGGGACAGUGCUCCGCGCGUGCCGGCCAGCUGCGGCGAUAGCGGCGCGCGCCAGAGCGAGACCGAGCCGGCGCCCACCGCCGCGCCUCCGCCGUACCACGAGGCGCUGCUGCUGCCGGCGCCGCUGGCGGAGAGCCCGCCGCCGGCCUACGACAAGCUGUAGGGCCUGCCGCAGGUGUGGCGGCGUGUCGGCCGGAGCAGCGGUCUUCCGUCGGUCGGCGGUGGAGGCGGCGGUCACCGAGCGCCGGCGCGAGCGGCUUCUGUACGGUCAGCGAUGCCAGUGGUGCCGACGGGAAGCGGGGACAGCGCCGGGUGAUGUGGACUGUGGAGUUAGCCGUCCGUCCGGAGCAGGAAGCGGCAGGCACUGUGGGAGACGAGCCUUACUCCAGGCCGGAUUUGGGUCCAGGGCGGCGCUGGAGCCUUCCGACCAAGUCAACUGCGACGCUCCUCGGUGGCUGGUGCGUGUCUGGUUAACAUCUGGUGCACGCGUCGCGUGUAGUGCGCACCCGCGCAAACUUGGCCUUUGUUCGAACCCGAGAAGGAAAGUUGCGAUAUGUAGCUGGUGCCACACCGAUCCAUGCGACGUGGUCGAUAUCCGGACGGCACGCAUGCGGUGGCUGGCGAGGUGCCUCGACCGCUGUCCGUGGUGCUGCCGGCACUGCCGGAGUUUCGGAUGCGCCUGUCCACUCUGUUAUCUUCUGGUCUUCCGGAGGUCCGCUGACGACCGACAGCCGGGAAACAAGACGGUGGCAAUGUGGGUGGAGAUGUGGAAUGCUGGAAUGAAGACCUUCGAGGUGAAGUAGCCACAGGGGAUAGUGAGAGCGCAGGAGUGGAGAAGAAGCAGGAUACACGAUGGAAUACGUUGCAACCGGCUGAAGCUGUCGAUUGAAGCAGUCAGUGCCACGUGUGCACCCUGUGAUUGAGGGGUGAGAAUGAUCUCAGCACUGCUGUUUGGCGUGCGUCUGAUCGGCCGGCGCACGUCCAGGGCGUGCCGCGUGCGUCGGCGCACCAUCCAGUGGGCGUACCGCUGCUGCUUCGCGACCGCACGGUGUGGUACGUGUGCGGCGAUGAGGCGAGAGUCAAAACUGAUCGACGCUGAGGAGGGACCCAGCCGCCUCAUGGGCCACUCUUCGAGGGAACGUCCGGAUCCGGCGGCAGCUGGUCCCUGGCCAGGAACCAGCUGGACCCGGCGAGCUGGAAACGGAGCCGUGCUGAGCUCGGCGGCGAGCUCGUGUUUUACACAGCGGUUGGCGCGGUUUUGGUACCGCACACUUUUGAUACACGACCACUUUGUACGUUGAGCGUUUGAUAUCGAGCGCAGGGGGAUGGGGGGGACAUGGAAGAGUGGUGCAUACACUGUACAUAGUGACACACGCGUGGCAGGCUGCGUCUGCGUCUCAUUGUGCGUACGGUGUACAUUGAAGUUGGUCAUAUUUGGCCGCCGUUCCGAUCCCAUCCGCCAGCGCGACGUACUUUUGACACGCAAAGCUGCAUUGCUUUGACGCACUUCAAUGCGUAUUCACGCCGGCAACUCAGGACGCUUUCAUUAGAACUAGAGACUGUUAAGUUACGCGUGCCGCCUUCACUUGCAAAUAAGUGAGGUUAAAGCCGCCUUUUAAGUGGUCGGCGCCCUGCGCAACUACAUUUCACAAGCAUAUGGACAAUUGAACCAAAAUUGGUUGCACACAUACUCAUAAGCUCUUGGUGCAUUAUCACAGCCCUGUAUGCCAAAAGCAAAACACAGAUGUGGCUGGAUGAGCACAUGUAUCGUAGCCCGUGGCAUCUCGUAUAUAUGCGGCCCGUGGCAUCUCGUAUAUAUGCGACUUUGAAUGGCCUUCAUAGGAACUCAACUCAUCGCCGGAACUCGUUUGCCUUUUGAAACACGGGCCCUCUCUCGCUGAGGCCCAGCGCGGCAGCUAGUUUCAGGUUUGCGUGUGAUAUUGACUAAGAGGUCGUUUCAGGUCAGCAGUUUUGACCGUUUCCCGGGUGAGCUGGCUGGUCAGCUGGAGUCGGUCGGCACAUACCAGCGGCGCUUUAAUGUAAGGUUUGAGUUGUGGAACAUUGGUUUGUGUUAUGUGUUCAUAUACUGCACUCGCAUGCUACCAAUCUUCAUAGCUGGGUUCCGCUUUUGUGUGUUUAGUUCUUUUAAGUAACGUGGAUUUCCUUGUCUGAUCCGCCCUUCUCCUUCAGUAUGUUCUGGCAAACUUAAAAAUCUUCACGCUAGUUUUCAAAGUCUCAUUACCAUGAGACAGCUCCAGCCGGCGGUUAUAAUGCAAUGUGGUAGACAAAGGCAACGUCUAGCAUAGUCAUUCAGACAUCGCAUUGUCGGCAGUUGUCACCGAAGCGUGCAUCACCUUCACGCGGCAUGCGUUCAAGUAGAAAACCCGCUAGAGCAGCAGGGAAACGAAACGCGCGCGUAAAAAUUUGCCGAUUCAGGUUGUCUUCGUGCGGUGUGCCAAGGAGCGAUGACCAAUCAAAGUAACAUCCGUGUAAGGGAAGACUACUUAGAUUGCGUGCAGUAGGAGGAAAAAAGCAGCGACGUCUCGAUAUUGUCGAAGCUCUUGCUUGAAGCGUCAAAGCGCUUCAUCAUACCAUUCUGUAUGCCAUCAAAAGCGCCGUUGCUUCAGUCUACCGCACCCAAUGCCAGAGAGAGCCAGGGGACACCACCUGCGAUCUGUCUCAGCUAUUGCCAGAGAGAGCCAAGGGACACCACCUGCGAUCUGCCGAACCCACGUGACCGUUGACCUUUACAGCCAAAGGCGUCGGAUCAUAGCGCAAUGGAGCCUCUCUCCUCAAGCCGUCGAAUCAUAGCGCAAUGGAGCCUCUCCUCAAACAAAUUUCCAAAUUGGUUACUUGCAAGGGCAAUUCCAGCACAGCAGGGUGCGAACGGGGAGAUCUUGGACGGCCUCCCCGGUGGAGCUCGCUGGGAUCGCCUCUGCCAGACCGCAGUCAGCCGGGAGACAUUGAUUUUCUCCGUCGAGAGCUGGGUUCUCUGGACUGCGGGGAUCCGUUGUCAGUGGAGCGCAUGCCAGUGCAGGCACUUUUGCCACGAGGACUUCUGUGCGGCUCAGUGCUGUAGACAUUCAGCUUGUGCCGCUGUUCGCAUUCUUACCGCGUUUUGCACGAUGUCGGCUGGGUGAGAGUCGGCGAUAGUUGCUGUCACGUAGUUUUUUCCAGUAUGCUUAGCAGGUGCCAGGAAGCCCGAAAUUUUAACGCCAAGUGUCCUCAUCGGCUUAGAUAAGUGAAACCAGCACUAUCAUGACCUUGAGGAAGAAAUGAGACGAGGUGUUUGUGUCAUGGAUGGAAUGUGUCACGGGGUUGUUCGGACAGUCGUGCUCGUCUGGUGUGUUAGUAUGUACACGAGAUAUCUGUUACAAGUGAUUCUGACUGGCUUCAAGAAUCAGUAGAGGCUUUAAGACUCAAAUUGACUGACAAUUUAAUCAACUCAGAAGCAGAAGUGGAGGGGUGCUGAUAGGGCGGUGGUUGCGGUGCGCGUCUGGAGACCAGAGUUACUGGAUUCGAUUCCCCACGGUGCUAUCUUCUUGUUUGGGCAAGGGGCAGACGACGCUAUAUAGGCCUAGCAGCUUAGCACGUUGUGAAAACCCAAUGAACCACACGCACACGGGCAGAAGUGUGCAUGCUAGUGCAGCAGACGAGCGCGAAAGUGCGAAUAAUGAAUCCGUUCGUGUUACAUCAUCAUCCUGAACAUCGUUAAGAACAAGCCGGUGCUAUUGGAUGUGCAUGUGGCUCAGAUGAAGACGACAUUUUCAAGUAGCAGUAAAGAUUUUACACAAAAUGACUCACACUGAACAACCUCAGAAGCCUUAUUGCUCAGUUGCUUUCAUUUCGUUUAUUUUGAUAUUACGAAAAGCUUGCUUUGAUGAUAACCGUAUCUUUUACUUCCUGUUGCAGUAAUUCUUCCUGUGAGACCCAGUUAUCCUUCCUGAAAAUUGCUGAUAAAGCUGUCUUGCAGCGCAAAUGUGUGCGAAAAGACUCACCUUGUGUCUCAACGAGCCUCCGCUGUCAUGCCUUCCCUCUCCCCAGCCUAGAAGUGGCUUACCUAGUGUAGUUCGGGCUGGCCAUCUCUGCAUAAGCACCGUUAAAACGCCCCCAAAGAAGACUGUGUCCCAGCUUUAUAGCAUGAUUAGAACGAGGCAUUCUAUGACGGAUGGGCAACUUUUGCUGAUCAUCGUCCUCGUCUAGGGAGUUGGCAUUUUCGCGGCGCCUCGGCCAGCUUAUUUUCCCGCCGUCGUCAGGUGUUACUGUCUCUGAUGCAUCAGCCAUCAGGUAUUAUAACACACGGCCGCGGUUGGAGAAUUCACUGGCGGAAAUGCGGAGUAGACACUGACGCACAAGGCUGCCACGUUUCUCAGAACUCUCCUCGCUUGGCGGAUGUCUAAUCCACAUGAUUACACUCACCUCAUACGUCCACCAACAGACGGCAGCCCCAGUGGCGGAGACAGACUUUUGUAAUUGCUUUUUGUGUACCGUGUCGACCUCGUGUGCGCACACUGAUCUGUAUAUUUUUAUAAGCGUCGUCAGUAUCAUCCGCCACGUCUUGGUGUGCUCGGUGUAUUUUGCAAUAAAGCC